AUGGCGGGCGCACGACGACUUCAAUUGGCCGGUUUGGCCCUGCUUGGUGGCGCUGCCGCCCUGCAUAUGCAGGACCAACAGGUACUUGCCCAGCAAGCGCCGCUGAUUGCCGACGACACGCCUGUUGCAUCGACAUCGCCGUCCACAUCUUCAUCCAAGAGACCUCUGGUCGAGACCGAGGCUCUGCAGGACACCAUCACCUCCGAUAACCUCCUCGCGCGCGCAAAGGAGCUGUACGAGAUCGCAAAGCUGGGAGAGGAGGAGUACAACCACCCCACGCGCGUCAUUGGCAGCGAUGGUCACCUCGGAACGUUGGACUACAUCAACUUCAACCUCCAGAAGCUGGGCGACUACUACAAGGUCUGGAACCAGACCUUCCCCGCCGUCUCGGGCAAUGUCUUCGAGUCCCGUCUUGUCAUUGGUGACCAGAUCCCCAAGUCCGCGUCGCCCUUUGCCCUGACGCCGCCGACCAAGAACAAGGAACCUGUCCACGGCGACCUGGUUCUCGUCAAGAACGAAGGCUGCGAUGAGUCCGACUACCCUGCCGAGGUCGACGGCAACAUUGCCUUCGUUCUCCGUGGCACGUGCCCCUUUGGCACCAAGAGCGAGAACGCCGGCAAGGCUGGUGCGAUUGCUGCCAUUGUCUACAACUACGAGAGCGAGACCGUCCACGGAACGCUUGGUACUCCUUCUCCCAACCACGUCGCCACCUUCGGCCUGGGUCUGGAUGAUGCCCAGCCCAUCAUCGACAAGCUUAAGAAGGGCGACAAGGUUGACGCCAUCGCCUACAUUGACGCUGUUGUCAACACCAUUCAGACCACCAACAUCCUGGCUCAGACUACUGAGGGCGACCCUGACAACUGCGUCAUGCUUGGCGGCCACAGCGACAGUGUUACCGAGGGCCCUGGCAUCAACGACGACGGCUCUGGCAGUCUGACUCUGCUGGAAAUUGCCACUCAACUCACCAAGUUCAGCGUCAACAACUGCGUUCGCUUUGCCUGGUGGGCCGCUGAGGAGGAGGGCCUUCUCGGCUCCGACUACUACGUCUCUGUCCUCAGCCCCGAGGAGAACCAGAAGAUUCGCCUGUUCAUGGACUACGACAUGCUCGCCAGCCCCAACUACGCCUACCAGGUCUACAACGCCACCAACGCCGUCAACCCUACCGGCUCCGAGGAGCUCCGCGACUUGUACGUUGACUGGUACAAGGCACACGACCUUCCCUACACCUUCAUUCCUUUUGAUGGCCGAAGCGACUACGAUGCGUUUAUUCGCAACGGCAUCCCUGGUGGAGGUAUUGCAACAGGUGCUGAGGGCAUCAAGACGAAGGAGGAGGCCAAGCAGUUCGGCGGCAAGGCUGGUGACUGGUAUGAUCCUUGCUACCACCAGCUUUGUGAUGAUGUCGGCAACGUGAACUUGACUGCUUGGGAGAUCAACACCAAGUUGGUUGCGCACUCUGUCGCCUCGUACGCCGUUUCGUUCAAGGGCUUUCCCGAGCGUACGGAUGCCGUCGUCGCCUCCGCCUAUCCUAAGGAAGUCAAGUACCACGGCAGCAAGCUCUUCCAGUAG